AUGGAAUUUCCAAGACAUGAAAUUUUGUGGCUCUGUGAGGUGUUGGACCCAUAUUUGAGAAGAAGAACACGGAGGUCACACGCAGUGCCAACCCACACACAAGUGCUUGUGGCCUUACGCUUUUAUGCUAGUAGAACAUUUCAGAGUGUGAUUGGUGACUCAUGUGGACUAACACAAGCAAGUGUAAGCAGGAUAAUUGCAGCAGUGACCAGAGUGUUGACAGAAAAGGCAAGAAUAGAAAUAAAGUUUCCAUCAAGUGCCAAUGACUUAAUGAAGAUUGUCCAAGAUUUUUCAAGAUUUGCAAACUUUCCGAGAGUCAUAGGAGCCAUAGAUGGUACUCACAUUCCAAUUAAAGCACCAUAUGUUGAUGAACACAUUUAUGUUAACAGGAAAAGGUUUCAUGCAUUAAAUCUACAGAUAGUUUGCAAUGCAGAUGGACUAAUAACAAGUUACAACACAAGAUAUCCUGGCAGUACUCAUGAUGCAUUUGGUCCCACUGUGCACUACGUACUCGAUUUGAGACGGGGGAAUUUGGAGAAAAUUAUUUACUAG